AUGGUCGCUCGCAAACGACGCCGUAGCUCGUCCGCAGACGUUUCAGUCUCUGAAAUCUGCCAGCGGGCGACAUCCCAGGAGCGAGACAGCUGGAAUGGAUUCUGUGAGAUAGAGUCGGAGCCAGCCCUUUUCAAUGUGAUGCUGCGGGAGUUUGGAGUCAAAGGGGUCAAGGUGCAAGAAGUUGUUUCGCUGGACGACGAGAUGAUGGCCUUCCUCCAUAAGCCGGUCUACGGACUAAUCUUUCUCUUCCGCUGGCGCGAAGAUGAUUUCGGAAAGCAAGAAGCAAGCUGCCCAGAGGGCCUCUGGUUUGCCAAUCAGACCGCCGACAAUGCAUGUGCGAGUGUCGCAUUGCUGAACAUCGUCAACAACAUCGAAAACGUCAACUUGGGAGAGAAUCUUCAGCACUUCAAGGAUUUCACUAUGCCGUUCACCCCAGCGCUACGGGGCGAUGCAAUCAACAAUUUCGAGUUUGUCAAAAGAGUCCAUAACUCUUUCGCACGAAAAAUGGACAUGCUCGGUUCGGAUCUACAACUCAAAACCGAAUCCAAGUCCAAAAAAUCUAGCAAGGCCAAGAACGGCAAUGAAGAAAAUGACUCAGAUGCUUCCUUUCACUUCAUCGCGUUCGUACCAGCAAUGGGAAAAGUGUGGAAGUUCGACGGCCUCGAACGGCAGCCCCAGACGCUGGGCGAAUGCAACGAAGAAGACUGGCUAGAGUUGGUCAAGCCGGAUAUUCUCACCCGCAUGGCGGCCUACGAAGAGGACCAGAUCGAGUUCUCUAUCCUGGGUCUCGUGCGAGACCCUCUGCCCGAGCUGCUGGGCCAGCUUGCAGUCAACGUACGGUGUCUAGAAAUCCUCAACCAGUGUAUCUUAUCCCAGACAGAAGACGCGUCAGGGCCUACACUUGAUGCGCUUCAGGAGACGAUACUAGGUCCUGACUCGUCUUUGCCCUUGACGCGGGAGGAUAUCAACACGGCCGACGUGCCUGGCCAUGCGCGCAAGUACAACUCAUUCUCCGCGGCACAAUUGCAGCAAGCACAGCAGGAGCUCAGCCAUGAGCAGCGGGGCUUGCGUGCAAGCAUCCAGGAGGAGAAACAGUCACAGUGGGCGGACGCAGACUAUGCCGCUGGGCGGCGGUUUGACUAUGCUCCUGCGGUGCGGACUUGGCUGCGCUUCCUGGCCCGCAAGCAGCUGAUUCAGGAAUUGCAGUGGUAA